UCUGAAGAAGACGAGGCUGAUCAAGAGGAGGCUCCUGCAAAGAAGAAUGAGGAGGCUGACACAGAUGAAGAUGAGGAUACUGGUGAUGAUGAUAACGAUGACGAAGGGCACGAAGUCCACGGUUCUGAAGAAGAUGAGGAGGACGAAGAUGAGGAUGACCAUAAGGAGGCUCCUGCAAAGAAGAAUGGAGAGGCUGAUGAUGAUGAGGCUGAAGUGUCUGAUGAUGAGGAGGGGGAGGAAGAGGAGGAGGACGAGGAUGAGGACAGAGAAUAAGUGCGGGAAGAUUACAUGUGUCGACAGAGAUUUCACCUCCAGCCUUUCCUUUGGUCUGGGCAACAUCAACAAUAUCUGA